AUGUCGCAGAAUAAAGCAGGCCGACGGAGACGCUCCAGCAGUCUCAUCUAUCAGGAACCUCCGGAAUCCAUCGAGCAUACCAGCGAUCAGGCAGCCCUGCCCAAUCUGAAUGCGAACUGGGUCAAUGCCAAGGGUGCCUGGACCAUCCACUUCGUCCUCAUCCUCGCCUUGAAGAUUUUCUACGACAUCAUUCCCGGCGUCUCCCAGGAAACCUCCUGGACCCUGACCAACAUCAGCUACAUGUUCGGUUCCUUCCUCAUGUUCCACUGGGUGCGGGGCAUCCCCUUCGAGUUCAACGCUGGUGCCUACGACAACCUCAACAUGUGGGAGCAGAUCGACAACGGCGACCAAUAUACCCCCGCCAAGAAAUUCCUGCUCUGCGUCCCCAUCUGCCUCUUCCUCCUCAGCACCCAUUAUACCCACUACGAUCUAACCUAUUUUACCAUCAACUUCCUCGCCACCUUGGCGGUGGUGAUUCCGAAACUGCCUUUCUCCCACCGGUUGCGGAUAGGUCUCUUUUCGGAGCCCGAGGAAUAG